GGUUACAACCUUGAAGCUCCCCGCCCCUCACUGCACUGCCAAGACCAGUGUCACCAGCAGGAACGCGACCUGAGGGAACGACGCGGAUAUGCUUGCUCCACCUUCCCCGCGCGUCUCUAGGACUCCACACCCACUUCCCACACAGCGUAACCCGCGGGGUGGGGGACGCCCGGGGUCCCCACGCCGAGGCUCCCGGAGGCUGAUCAGCUGGGCCGACUGCGGUGAGAGGCAGGCGGAUGGAGGAGCCUCCAGUACCCGGCUCCUGCCCCCUCCCCUUCCCCCGGCUGGCAGGCGCGCGCGGGCCGGGAGCGGGGAGGUGGUGGCGCCCGCCCCGGGAGGCGGCGUGAGGGCGGCGGCGGCGCGGCCAGGCGGGUCCCCGGUCGGCGGAGCGCAUCCGAGCGAGCGCAGGAGUCCCCCGCGCGCCCGCCGCGCUCGCCCCGCAGCCGCUCCGGCUGGGCCCCGCCCGUGCUCCCGGAACAGCCGAGGUGUCCACCAGCCAAGUCCGCUGGGACCCGGGCGUGCGAGGGGAAGGGCUGCCUGCGCGUGGUCGCCGCCCAGCUCCCAGCACCGGGUCGCCCACGAGUGCCGCCCGGACGUCGGAGCCGCCGCGAGCAGCCGCGGAGGCCGAGGACCCGGGAACGAGGAUCCAGCGGACGCCCGAAGCCCGAGGGAAUCACCAGGCGGUCCUCGCCCAGACACCGGACCCGGGGGACUUGAAAUACGGACUCCAGAAGUGGCGAGCACGGUCAGGACAAGUUUCUCGUGGUUUGAAGAGAUGAGGAAAUUGAGGUGCUACGAGGUGACCUGCCUGUCUUAAGAUCGCAUCCUUGGCACGUGAUAAACCUGGUAUUCAGUUUAAGUCUGGAUCCAAUGCAC